AUGGCACAUUCAAAUAAUUUUUCGUCUACACAAACUCUUCAAUCGAAUACUAAUAAUAAUUCAACGAAUCGAACAUUGUCUAUACAUGUUGGUAAUCUUUCAUAUAACACAGUUGAAAAUGAUUUAGAAGCACUUUUCAAUGAAAAAUGUGGUAAUGUUAAAAGAGUUCGAAUUAUUUAUGAUAACAAUACACAACAGAGUCGUGGAUUUGGUUUUGUAUAUUUUAAUACAAUAGAUGCAUUUAAUACUGCACUUGAACUUCAUCAAUGUGGUUUAAAUGGACGAAUACUUCGAAUAUCACCUGCUGAAUCAAAGAAUUCUUCUUCUUCUUCUUCUUCGACUACUACUCCUAAUAUAAAUACAUCGAAUGAUGUUGUAACUACAGCAGCUGCACCUCAAAUAACAAAUAGAUUAAAAACACAAGUAGUGCACUGUAAAAAAUCAAAUUAUGAUGUUUAUAUUGGUCGUCCAUCUGAUUGGGGAAAUCCAUUUGUUAUUGGUAAAGAUGGUGAUCGAAGUGAUGUUAUACGAAAAUAUCGUAAUUGGAUAAUGCGUCAACCAGAUUUAUUAUCACGAGCUAAAAUAGAACUUCGAGGUCGAAGAAUAGCAUGUUGGUGUAAACCAGAAGCCUGUCACGGUGAUGUACUUGCAGAGAUUGCUGAUGCUGACUAA